AUGUCUUCCUACAAACAAGCAGGUAUCUCGUUGAACAGAGCCUUCGCCGUUGCUGCUCAAGCCACCAGACAAGCCUUGAAGGCUGAAUUCAGAGUCGCCGCCGAGAAGAGAUCCGUCACCGAGGUCAAGGUUGCCAAGUACGAGAACGGUGUCGCUUCUGAGGCCAAGGCUUUGGGCAACUAG